AUAAAAUAAAUGUUUUAAUGGAUAAUAAGUAUGCACCAUAUUUCGCGACAUUUAUCGUUCUCUGGGGUAUCUUUUUCACAGCAUACUGGUUUGGAAGAGAAAAAUAUUUUAACUGGAUAUGGGAAACGCGUAAUAAGAACUUCAAUAGAAAUCAAAUAAGACCUGAAUUCCACCUCAAUCUUGACACAGCCCGAAAAUCAAAUAAAACGGGCCUUGUCAUUGGUAUACAUCGCGGUUCCAAAAUUAAAACCUUGUUAUGGUAUAUUCCUGUCAUUUUAUUGGAUGCAUUUGUUUUAUUUAUCUUUGCAAGUCGAAAAACGUUGUUUACUAUUUCUCCAAACGCACUUAUGGUGAGAUUGAUGGUCAUGAUGACUGUUUUCGUCGCAGUUCUUCUCAUCAUUGAUUUCAUUCAUAGAAAGAUUGCGAGUUAUAUAGUUCGAAUGGAAAAUCAUAGAACCUAUAUAUCGUACAACCGGUCGCUUACAAAACACCAGUACAUAAUGUGUUUCUCUCUGCCUAUGAUAGUACUUGCGUGCUAUGGAUUUCAUAAGGCAAUUUUUGAAUUUCAAUUUUGGCGUGGUUAUAAAAUGGAUAAUAAAUUUCUAUUGGAUGAAACGUGUGUGUUGACAUCGUGCAUCAACGAGCUUGCCAUUGCAUUCACAAUUGUUCUACUUUUAAGAUUUGUCAUAUUGAGAAAAUUAUCCCUUUACUCGAGUACGACUGAUUAUAAUCAACGUGCGAUCGUCCAAAACGUUCCUUGCUGGGAGAGAGAAUUCGUUUUACCUCGAUUGAAAGAAAGUAUCCUAGCAAACAAAAUGAUGAUGCUUGUAAUUCAGCUCACCUUUAUCAUCGCCUUCGGUUUUUCCUGUACGCCCACCAUAAUAUUUGUAUUGUUCUUUAAUAUCUACAACAUGAGACGUGAUGCAGAAUUAUUCACACUACACUAUCGAAGACCUCUGUUUCUGAAAAACAAAUCCUUUAGUAUAUGGAGUGAAAUUUUAAAACUGAUGGUUUAUUUAGCCAUCUUUGUUAACGUGGUGUCAUUAGUAUGCUCCACAGAUACUAUCGAAGCAUAUUUACGUGAGCAAAGAAAGCCGACCGGUAAUACGCUUGAUCAAUAUUUAAACCUCUUUUUUAACAACUUUACCCUAAUCAAGGGUGCAUAUGAUCUAUGUUAUGCCCGAGCAUACAUACAUAUAUCAGAGGAUAUUGACAUUAAAAGGGAGGAAUUGACUGUCGACGAAUUAAAGACUUAUCAAUAUAUGUACAUAUUUAUUUUUGAGAUUAUCAUGGCUUCAUUAUUCCUAUUAAUGCAAUAUAUAUUUUCAAUUGACGUUGACGAAAAGGAAAUACCAAAAAAACGAGAACAAGAAAAUUAUGAAGAAUCUAGAUCAAAUUUUGCUACUUAAUUGAAUGGAGAAAUGAACCUAUCUUCUUAUGAUUAUUGUUAAAAUUGUAAACAUAAAUAUUAAAGG